AUGGAAAAAGGGACGAAAUUACUUUCAAAAUUUGUGAUUUUAAAUAAUGGUGUAUAAAUUCCAUAGAUAGGAUUCGGAACAUAUUAAAUUAGCACACCUGAGCCAAUUUAAUAUGCUCUUAUUGCAGGUUACAGAUUAAUUGAUAGUGCAGCAGGUUAUAGAAAUGAAAAAAUGAUUGGAGAUUAAGUAAAAUAAUUCAUGAAGUAAAGUGGAGUGCCAAGAGAUCAAAUUUAUAUUACUAGCAAAAUCUCUCCUGACCAAAUGGGAAUAACCAAAUCUUAGUAAUGUAUUGAUAACUCCUUGAGGAGCUUUGAUUUGAAUUACAUUGAUUUAAUGCUGAUUCAUUAUCCAGGGACUAAAGGUCUAAAGAAAAAUGAUCCUUUAAAUAAGUAAAACAGAAUUGAAACUUGGAGAGUGCUUGAGGAAUAUGUAGGAAAAGGGUUGAUAAAAUCAAUUGGUGUCUCAAAUUUUACAAAGACUCAUUUAGAGUAGAUACUUGAAAUUGCUUAAGUGAAGCCUGUAAUUAAUUAAAUAGAGCUACAUCCAUUGUAUGUUGAAAAAGAGACUAUAAAUUAUUGCAAUAAAAAUUAAAUACUAGUUGAGGCUUAUUCCCCACUGGCUCGAUAUAAUGAAUAGUUAGUAAAAGAUUAAAGGAUCAUAGAUAUUUCUUAAGAAAUUAAUUAAAGUGUUAGCCAGACUAUUCUAAAGUGGCAUUUGGAAAAAAAUUUUAUUCCAUUGCCAAAAAGUGUAAAUUUUGAGAGAAUUAACGAAAAUAUUCAGCUUGAUGGAUUUGAUUUAAACAAAGAACAAAUUGAGGUUAUUGAUUAAUUAUCAGAAUUUUAAAAUAAAGUGUGUUGGGAUCCAAGGGAUGUAGAGUGA